UUCAGAUUUGACGUUUGUUGUGCUCACCUUGAUGGACCACUGAAUUACAGCGACUCGACGAGUUGGUGCCAUUGUUUCGUCCCUGGAUGUUUCUGUGUGAAGAAGAGAUGUGGUGUUGCGGGGAUGAUGACUGGAUUUAUAGUGGAUCGAUCCCGAAGCUCCGCAGCGUAACUAUCUCUUUUGCCCUUACAGAGCAAGACUGGAUUCUAUACAUCACUAAGAAGCUCUUCUUCAUACUCUUAUUACUGAUCAACGGUGCUCUGAUCAGGAACUAUGGGUAUCUUUCCGCCUCUCUGUUUAGCGGCACAGCUCUGAUAAUCGGGGCUCUGUGUCAGAUUGCGGCAAGACUUUUUUGCUUGAGAAACAGUUGCUAGAGAUGGAGACUGUAUAUGCAUGUACUUGACCAGGUUCAUUCUAGACCUAAUACACAACCCUAUACCUCACAGAAGAAAAAGGGGGGGGUUCUAUUCUCUGCUAAUUUUGUGGAAAGGAAUCUACUUUUACCCUUCGAGCAGCAUCCAGCUAUUCAUUCAUACUUGGCGUUGUGGUAAAGUUUCGAAAGGAG